AUUUGAAAGUGUCUGCGCGUCCCUAGUCAAGCAGCAGAAGCAGCAGCAGCGGGCAACACGGAGGAGGGAGGGGGCAAUGCACAGGAUUUGAAGACAGAGCACUCACUGCAAGUUGUCUACUACUUGCCAUACUGAGCCUCUUUCUAUUCUCUGCCCCUCGCUGUGGAGUCUAAGCAGGGAUGACCCUGUCAAGCAGCGGCAGUGCCAGCGACAUGUCCGGCCAGACCGUACUGAGCGCAGACGACGCGGACAUUGAUGUGGUGGGCGAGGGGGACGAGGCGCUGGACAAGGACAGUGAGUGCGAGAGCCCAGUCGGCCAUCACGACGAAGUGGACGCGCUCGGGGGCAAGGAGAUACCCAGGAGUCCCUCGGGCAGUAGCACUGAUGCAGAGGGUAAGGGUGAGAGCCAACAGCAGCAGCAGGAGGGCAUCCAGAACAAGCCCAAGAACAGCGUGGUGAAGCCCCCCUACUCGUACAUCGCUCUCAUCACCAUGUCCAUCCUACAGAGCCCCCAGAAGAAGCUCACCCUGAGCGGGAUCUGCGAGUUCAUCAGCAGCCGCUUCCCCUACUAUCGGGAGAAGUUCCCGGCCUGGCAGAACUCCAUCCGCCACAACCUGUCCCUUAAUGACUGUUUCAUCAAGAUCCCCCGGGAGCCUGGCAACCCAGGCAAGGGCAACUACUGGACCCUCGACCCCCAGUCCGAGGACAUGUUCGACAAUGGCAGUUUCCUCAGGAGGAGGAAGCGGUUUAAGAGACAGCAGCAGGACACGUUGAGGGAGCAGACUGCUCUCAUGAUGCAAAGCUUUGGGGCUUAUAGCCUGGCCAGUCCCUAUGGGCGCCACUAUGGACUCCACCCGGCAGCCUACACUCACCCUGCUGCCCUGCAGUAUCCUUAUAUUCCCCCAGUGGGACCCAUGUUACCCCCGGCGGUGCCACUUCUGCCUUCCUCUGAACUGACCAGGAAAGCCUUCAGCUCACAGCUCAGCCCCAGCCUCCAGCUGCAACUCAGCAGCCUCAGCAGCACCGCCGCCUCCAUCAUCAAGUCUGAGCCCAGCAGCCGACCCUCCUUCAGCAUAGAGAACAUUAUUGGGGUGUCAGCAGCCUCCUCGGUGGCACCCCAGACUUUCCUGCGACCCCCAGUGACAGUGCAGUCAGCCCUUAUGAGCCACCAGCCCCUGGUCCUUAGCAGAAGCACAGCAGCCAUCGGCCCAAUCCUCAGUGUCCCCACAAACCUCAUCUCUGGACAGUUCUUACCUACAGCAGCGACCGCAGUAGCCAAAUGGCCAGCGCAAUAAUCUCUGGGGCAAUCACACUCUAGCAAUUUGCAAACCAGCUUCUUUUCCUAAAAGCCAAGACUCUCAAUUAACUUUUCUUGUUAAACUGUACAAAUCUGGAAUGCAUUCUGUGCAGGUAACACGUCAACUAUUUGUACAUAUUUCUAUUGAAAAAAGAGACUUGAUCGAGUUCACUUUUUAUUUUUUUAAGAAAAUUUAAAAAUAUCUGUAGAUUAAACCUGAGCUUUCAGUUUUUUUGAAGGCUCACUAUCCCUUUAUCACAAAGGAAAUUACAUUUUAAAUAUUACGUUUUCAAAUAAAUAAAAAAAAGUGUAAUUCUAUUAAAAAAAAGUCUGUUUAUAUAUAAAUGAAUAUAUAUAUAUAUAUAUGUAUUAUAAAUGUUAUUCCAUCGUGUUGUACACCGUUUUGUAAAUAAAAUUUUUAAAUGGUC